AUGAUUGGUGAUCAUCAAUUUGGCAUAAUAGCCAAUGUUCUUGGCACGUUCAUAUUUAUCCUUGUAAUUGAUUAUCAUUACGUGACAGCAAAUCCAAAAUAUGAAAGCAAGUGA